UCCUCCCCCCUCCCCUUAUGGUCAAACGAGGGGAGGGGGCGCACUCUCACACACGCACACACACACAUUCACGGCAGCAUCCACUGCUGAUGUCAGACUCCAGUCAUGUCGACCCUCGUCAGCACCAUCAUCUCCAUGGUUUUUCUACUGAGACCUAACUGAUGAUGGAUCUAUACGGCAGAGGAGAGCUGGGGCUGCUGGGAGGAGGGGAGAGCCUGAGAGAUGACAUGGGCGGAUCUGGGAUCACCUGGUCGGCUAAUCGACUGUCAGAGGACAUGUACCCAUCAUCAGGAUUGGCCUUGGCCGCAGCCUAUCACGACAUUAAGACCCGGCUGGCCAGUCUGGAGAGGGAGAACAGCAGCAUCAAGAGGAAGCUGAAACACUAUGAGGUCAAGUUUCCCAUGAUCAGUGAAUUUGGAGAGGAGAGGAUAGUGUGUUGUUCCUGUGAGCCCAUCAUCAAGGAUGCCAGUGUCAUUCAAUCAGAGACGACUAACCUACAACAGAGGAUCAACUCUCUCACUCAGGAGCUUCAGAAGAGUAAGGAGAGAGAGGAGAGGCUGGAGGAAGUCAUCCAGGCGUAUGAGAAGAUUCACUUGGAGAAGAGCAAUGUCCAGAGAGACCUAGACAAAAUGACGACUCUAGCGGAGCAGCAUGUAGAGAGGAUCUGCAGCUUGGAGUCGGCUCUUAGACAGAGAGAGACGUCCCUUCAGAAAAUCGGCACUCAACUCCGCAGCAAAGAGGCCCGUCAGUCUCAACUCCACGCCAGCCUGGACGUACCCAGAGAGGGCCGCGGGCCGACGCUGCAGAGCUCCCGCAGUCUGGACGCCUUGUCAGACCUGAAACUGCAGCGACUGGAGGCAGAGCUGGAUGGGGCACGGCACCAGGCCGAGGGAGCCUGUCAGAGGGAGAAGGAAAUGAGGGUUGAGCUUCAGAGGCUGCAGCAGGAGGCAUCUCAGCUGCAGAAAGCACAAAGACAGUCACAGGAGUUGGCCCCACACUGUGAGCACUGCGACGUAGAAUGGAUAAAGAAAGCUGGAGAUGAACAGGUGAACCUGGCGUUAGCCUACACCGAGCUAACAGAGGAGUUGGGUCGGGUUCGCAAUCUGGCUGCAAAACAGAGUGACCUUCUACGACACGUCUCCCAGGAGCCUGGCUCUCGUCCUCCCGCAACUCCUCAGCGUCUCUCCCCCACCUCCCCCCAGCGCCCCUCACUCUCCCCUGAGAGGCUUCUGCCCACCCCCUCUCCUCCACUCUCCCUAUGCGACAGCCCUGCCUCUUACUCUCAGCAGCCAACCAGCAGCCGCCUACGAGCAAAGUUCCAAGGUCGCCGCAGUUACUCGGAGGUGUCCGACCCAUCAGCCAUCCACAGGCCCCCAGCACGCUUGAUGAGAGACCCGGUUUCCACUCUCCCCAAGCCCAGGCCACUCCUGGGCGAGACACAGGGCUACAGCCAAAACAAACAUCAGCUCCGCACCGCCUUGUUGGGCCUUGUCAGACCAGCCUCAGCUCAUGGAGGGGAGAGGGGGGGAGGAGGGGGAGGAAGAGAGAGAGCUGGGGGCAGCAGUUUGACCAGCAGUCCUCAUCACUGUGCACUGGACCUGGGAUUUCCAAGGGCUGCCGAGGGGCAUCACUUCUGUCGCCUUGAUGACCCACCUGAACCCACCCCACUGGUGACACCUCCACAGUCCUCUGAUGAUGAAGAGGAUGUUUGUGCAUACCUGUCGCCGGCUGACAGCCCACCUCGGACUCUGGGUGCAAUUGGGAUUCUCUCAUCAUCACCAAGAGAACAGCCCCUACACCCCUCGUUCCCGUCUCCACGGAAACAGCCCCACCAUCCCUCCUUCUCUGCCCCCGAGGGCCCUGCCACCCUCUCCUGCCAUCUGCCUCCCUACAUGAACACAGAACAUGCUCAGUCAUGGCCUUCUAUUAACUUAUGGAUGGAGUCGGAGGAGAGUGCUGUUCGCAGCUGUCCUUUGUGUCAGCUGACCUUCCCAACUGGUUACCCUGAUGACGCCCUCAUAAAACACAUCGACUCACACUUGGAGAACAGCAAGAUCUGACUUGUUGUUUUUUUUUGCCUCCACCCGAUUUCCCCAGAGCCAAUCUUGACUGAUUUGAACACGGUAAAGAUUUAGCGAGCCUGCAUGCUUCUUUCAGGGCUCCCAGUAAAACUUCUACAUAGAGACAGAGCAAGUCUGUUUUUCUACACUCCAGACUCUUCAUCUUUGUUCACCUGACAUACCUGUAUUGCCUAAUCUCACACAAAGCACCCUAUCAACAAUUCUGUAUCAAAUGGUGUUUUGUCUCUCCUUUCAAAACCAAACUCUGCAUUUGUACAUAUGUGAGUGCUGAGGAAAUAGCAGACAUAGAAAAGACAGUACUUUAUAUCUCAGAUUCACCGACGCAGACAAAAGCUGCUGAUGGUGUGAAAGACAAACUGUACGGUGGUCUGAGAGCAGCUGUGGAGACAGAUGUGCUGAAGAACACCCGACACAUGUAAUGUCACCUGUUGCUUUCAUGUCCCAGAAUGCAUCAGAGCACCCGGAUGUCCCCUCUCCCGUUGUCUCGGAGGAUUAAAAGGAAGAUUUAGUGAAGGUUUCUGGACCCAGAUUGAACUCUGAACUAUCUCAUGAGGUGAAGAGUUAGAUAGUAAAAAGUUAUUUGAGUUAGUUAAAGAUGGGAUAACAGAAUAUAAGCACCAUGUGGUCUGGAAAAGACACAGUUUAAGGGCAGUUUAAACAAGUCUGGGGCUAAAUAAAUAAGGCUAAAUAAGUCUGGACGCUGAUGACAGUUCAUGGGGCUAUUGGCUGGUGAAGUUCCAAAGCAAAGUAUAUGUAAAGUUAACUGUGUGAAAUGCUCCAAAGGUAAAAAUGUGAUCCAUAGAAAAAACAUCAUGUACUGCCAUCCUCUGGUCUGGUGUGGUGAUGAAAGUGCCUUGCUCAAACCACAUUUAUUUUGAAAGGGCAGAAAACUGUGGAAGCAAAUAUCUGCGACUACAAAACAAUUGACUCCUCAUAUACUGCUGACCUUACAUUAUUAGAAACAUAAUAUUAAAUAUGUCAUAACUACAUUUUUCUAGGCAAUAAUUAAAAGAGAUCGUAGCGCACACUUAUUACUGCUUUUUAAAACUGUUGUAAUGUUUCUCGCAGCUAAAGAUGCUGAACAUUUCAUAAUCAAGAGAAACUUUCCUGUCGUAGUUGUAUUUGCAAUCAAAAGAAACCUAGAUUUAUCAUUAAUGAUUUAUCAGAUAAUUAUGACUAAAUAUCUUGAAGUUCAUAAUCAUGAUAUAGCAUGUCAUAAGAUCUCCUCACAAUUAUUGUAUCAGGUAAAUAUGGAAUCUGUAAUUUUGUAAUAAUAUCUGUUAAUGGCUCAUGAACAUUUAGUUAUAAAUACAAGUUUAUAUAUCAUAUAAUUAGGCUUGAUAAAUCCAUCCAUCAUCUAUACCACUUAUCCUUUAAGGGUUUUAGGAGUGGGGCCAAUUCCACCUGACCUGAUAAAUCAUAACUUUAUACUUCCUUUCCUAGAAUUAUAGGAACAUUUGCCAUAAUUAUGAGAUCAUCAAAUCCUUGUUAUAUUUUAUCAAUCAUAUCUAAUCACAUUAUGCAAUGAUAUCUUAUAUUCAGAAUAAUGAGUUGGUAGAUCAACUCUAACUCAUAAUUAUUUGUUGAAUGAUGAACGAUAAGGCCUGUAAAGUUUCUCAUGAUUAUUAUGAACAGUCCAGAAAUCCUGUUUAUAAUAAUAUAGUACAAGUAAGAAUAAUUCUUGUUUACAUUUCUAUAAUAGCAAAGGGAGAAAAAAAAAUAAGCGUGGUUUCCUGUUUUGAAUCACAUUUUUACACUAGAAAUAUUCCACAUACGUGACUUUACCCACAGGGUUCCUGAUGUACUGAGACUACAGAGCAGAGCGACGAUGAGCCACCGGCAGUGACUGAACAUGUCAUCACGUAUCAUCACAUGUGGGCUGCUGCGUUGGAAUGACAAAAAAAAUGCAUCAAAUCUUAAUGAAGCAAACCAAUAAAAAAAAAACGUUUCUCUUCAUUUUGACACAGUGAGUCAAUCCUGGGACAGCAGAGAUUUUACAUCUGGCUCUUGGUGGAUUUACAUUGUCAUCGAGCAAGGGUUCACUGCCUUGCUUCAGGGCACUUCACCAGAGCUCGAAUCCGUGGGUGGACGUCCACUGGCUGCUGGGAAAUCAAGCUGGAGGGAUUCUGAGUUCGCCCUCGCCCGCUGAGAUUUUCAAAGCUAACAGAGAGCUAUGGGAGAACAGAGCUGACUCCAGAUCAGCCUCCUCUCAUUUUAUCCUAACCAUCGCUCGGAAAUCAUCAUCAUCAAGCUGCCAUGUUGAUCUCUGAGUGUGUGGUGUUGUUAGCGUACAUAUAAUACACUUUCACAAACCGUGUAGCUCAGAUAAUAUCAACCUCGGCGUUAUUCGACACCGUCACAUGCAAAGCUCAAACUGCUGGCCACUCUCCCCUUUUCCAACGAGGGAUCAAUCCUUCAAGAUGCUCGACCUGAGACUGUCAGGUUUGGUUCAUCCAAAGAAUAAAUAAACCCCUGGUGGUAUUAAGCCAUGAAGAUACAGUAGUUUUGGUUUAUAUAACGAAACAGUCCAACUUGAAGGUUUGUUUUUCCAGCUGCUACCUGAGCUUGUAACUGCAUCACAUGGCCUUCAUUCAAUGGCUCUGGCUAAUUGUGCUAAUGAAAACACUGUGAUACAGCUGAAAGCUCCAGAAAACACUGGUAGGAGGAGUUCAGCAAGGAUGGAUUUUGUCAGAUGUCUACUAAAGAUCAAGAAUAAACUUUCACGUUGGUUUAA